AUGAAGCUCGCAGCUCUUACAUUGAUGGGUGGUCUUGUGACCUGGGCAGAAGCGCACGGAUAUCUGACAAUCCCGUCCAGCCGCACCCGUCUCGGCUUUGAGGCCGGAAUCGACACCUGCCCGGAAUGCUCCAUCCUCGAACCAGUGACCGCCUGGCCAGACCUAGAAGAAGCCCAAGUAGGCCGCAGCGGACCCUGCGGCUACAACGCCCGCGUUAGUGUGGACUACAACCAACCGGGCGACUACUGGGGCAACUCCGUCGUCGCGAGCUACACGGCCGGAGACAUCGUCGAAGUGCAAUGGUGCGUCGACAACAAUGGCGACCAUGGCGGGAUGUUCACGUACGGAAUCUGUCAGAAUCAAACCCUCGUCGACCUAUUCCUAACACCGGGGUACCUGCCCACGACAGAGGAAAAACAGGCUGCUGAAGACUGCUUCCUCGAUGGUGAGCUCAAGUGCACGGAUGUCGAUGGGCAGACGUGCGGGUAUAACCCCGACUGUGCUUCUGGUGAAGCUUGCUAUCGUAAUGACUGGUUUACGUGUAAUGCGUUUUCUGCGGAUUCGAAUCGCGCGUGCCAGGGGGUUGAUGGCGCCGCGCUUGGGUCUUGUACGACUACAAUUGCGGGUGGGUAUACUGUUACGAAGAAGAUCAAUAUUCCGAAUUACGAGUCUGAGCAUACGUUGCUUCGGUUUCGGUGGAAUUCGUUCCAGACGGCGCAGGUAUAUCUUCAUUGUGCGGAUAUUGCUAUUGCUGGAUCUGGUUCGUCUUCGUCUUGA